CGCGGAAGGUGCACCGCCGCGGCCGUCAACAACAAGGCUCAGCUGCUGGAGUGUGGACCUCUGUGUGAUUUUCUUGUCUCCUCCUCGCCCACUGCCUCCCAGCGCUCUGUGGCGCCUAUGCAUGGACCAUAACUAUGAAUUCUCUGAGAAGGUGGUUCUACAGACCCCGGAAAGAUGACCGCUCCCUCAUGGCACAGUUUUACUUUGCCGAUGAGGAACUCAACCUUGUGGCAGCUGAGCUGGAUAGCUUUGAUGGCCGGAAGGACCCGGAGCGGUGCACUGCUCUUGUUAACCAGCUGAGGCACUGUCAGGACAGGGUACUCAACAUCUGCAUAGAGAUGAUGGAUGAAGUUAUCCCCAGUGAACGUGCUGCAAGAGACUUCCGUGUCAAGUUUCCUGAUGAUGUGAUGCAGGAAAACCUUGCUGGUCAGCUGUGGUUUGGAGCUGAGUGCCUUGCAGCUGGAAGCAGCAUCAUGAACAGGGAAGCAGAGAGCUCUCAAAUGAGACCACUUGCCAAGGCUGUUACCAAAACCAUCGAAACGGUCAGGAAUUUACUACGGGAACAGUGCCUCAAGCCAGUGCCUGAAUACACAGAAAAGAUCAGAGAAAGCCUCAAGAUAUUUGACCGCUUGUUUGCUGAAUUUGAACUAAACUAUGUAAGUGCAAUGGUCCCAGUGAAGAGUGUGGAGGAGCAUGAUGUGCAGCAAAGUGUGGUGGUGCUGUUUUCAGAAACUGUCCAGAGAGCCUUGAAGUUAGGUCUUGCAACUCAAGACCAGGUAGAUGACUAUGAUCCAGCCCUCAUGUUCACCAUCCCUCGCUUGGCCAUUGUGGCAGGGCUUGUCAUGUUUCCUGAUGGACCCCUCAACCUUGACCGUGAGCCACGUUCCCUCUCAGAGCUCUUCCGGCCUUUCAGGACUCUGCUGACCAAGAUCCGAGAGUUGCUGUGGACAAUGACAUGUGCUGAGUUAGCAGCUCUGGAAAAAGCCCUUUGUUCCAUGGAUGAGCCAGAUCCUUCUGCUGCUCCAGCAUUAGCUGCUGAAACACCACCCAGUUCUGCUUAUGGCCGAGCUGCCUUCACCUCAGAUUUUGUCCAGAAGUUUUAUGCAAAUCAUCCUUCAUGUCGGAUGGUUCCUCCUGAGUUAGGUUCUCUUGGUGCCCCAAGCAAGAAAUCCCAUGACCAUCGCAAGCGAGAACGCACUGGUAAGAGCCGGAGCUCCCGUACUCGUGCUCGACAAGAGCGCCAGAGUGAAAGAUUUCUUGCCCGGCUCACUGCAUCAGGAGAGGACCGACCCCGUGCCAGGCGCAGGAGCCGCCGUCACCACCACCACCCCCGUCCUCACCAGCCCCGCCACUCACAGCAAGCUCCUCUCCAUGACAGUGACAGUGGAGAUGAGACUCGCCAUCAUCCUGCUCGUAUUCCCCCACCCCCUCCACUCCCACAUUCUCAGGAUCAUGCACAUUCUCAUCACCCUCGCUCCCAGCAGCCCAUGACCAGAAUCAAGACUAUUGCCUGUUCCUGUGGUUCUAUUCCUCCAGAAGCUGCCCAGACCUCUUAUAUGCCCAGUUCUGGCAACUCUGCUCAAUCCCAGGCUGACACUGCCAUUACCUGUGAUACUUCCUGUGAUAACACCUCAGUCCCUGGCCCAGAGGCUCGGUGUCCCUGUCCUUCAUCAGACCCCAGUGAUAUGACAGGGGAGGCAGAAACCUUAGUGCAGGCAACAGCCCAGCUCUGUCUUGCUGAAGAUGAAGAACAUGAGAGGCCAGGUGUGAGUGAAGGCCUGAGCCCUAUGCCAGAGGCCUUUGUUACAUCCAAGGAUGCAAGCCAUUGUAAAUAUUCAAAGGAAGACAGACAAGCCCAAGAAGAGUCCUGUGAGAAAGCUGGGGGUGCUGAUAGGAAAGUGCACAAGGAGGAGAGUCCUGGCACUCCUCAACGGACUGCUGACCCCAACACCCCAGAGAGUGGUCGCUGCUCCAGCGGCUCAACAUCACCUUACAACUCAGGUGCUGAGGAUGACGAGGAAGUGGCCCUUGCCCUCCAGGCUGCUGAGGUAGCGGCUACAUGGAGAGCCCGUGCCAGAUUCACAGACACACAAGACCUUAUCCACCGCCUGUUUGUGUGUAUCUCUGGUGUGGCAGACCAGCUCCAGACCAACUAUGCUAGUGACCUCAGGAAGAUCUUGAAAUGUGUGUUCCUAAUCAACCAGAGCCCCCUAGAGGAACCUCCACCACCACCCAAGAGCCUCCACUGCCCAGAGGAGAAUGAAGAGGAGGAGGAGGAGGAGGAGGAGGAGGAAAAACAUAAUUGGUCUGCCUCCUCACCAGUCCAUUCCUAUGGGGAAGAGGAAGAAGGCAUGGAAGGCCAUUCCCUUGAGGGCAAUGACUCAGAGCGACUCAGUGUGGAGAGUGCAGAAGAUGCCCUUGUGGUGAUAGGAAGCCCUGAACGCCACCACACUGCCACCAGCACCAACUCUCUCUCUUCCCCUUCAGACCACUAUCACAACCACCAUCCUGAGGAGUACUCUCCCCACUCCUCACCACCACUGUCACCAUCUUCAUCGCUUCCCCUUCUUCCUCCUCUGCCCCCGCCACCACCUCCUCCCCUUCCUCACUCCUCCAUGGACACAGCAGGAGACUAUGACACUACCCCUCCUUCUCCUUCCCUUUCUUCCUUCCCACCUCCUCAAUAUUUCUCGCACCGUCACCACCACCCUAACCAUCACCUUCUUAGUCAUCUUCCACCCCCCACCUCCCCAACAGACAUUCCCUCUCUCUCAGCCAACCCUGAGGCUAUGGUGAGCCAGGCUGCCUCUCCUCCUCUAGUGUGUCCUCCUUCAGUCCAAGUGCCUGCUGCCAUAUUCAACGACCAUGCUCUGAUGCAGUUCUCCGAGGUAACGCAAGCCUCCAUUCCCCCUAAUGUGGAGCUGCUGCCCCCAGCCCAGGUCCAGUAUGCUGAGUCCUUUGGGGUCAUUCCAGAACCCUUCUCAAGGUCUGCCCAGGAGCAGCAGUUAAUCAAUGAGGGUGGCCCUCUAGGAGAGCGCGAGUCUGGGAGGCGUCGAGGACCCAGAGUACAGGAGCCUCCACCUUGGGUGCCAGAUCAGCAAGCUCCCCGAUGCAUGGCCUGUGGUGCUUCUUUCACUAUGGUACGACGGAGACACCACUGUCGUAAUUGUGGCAAGGUGUUCUGUGCUCAGUGCAGCCAACACGCUGUUCCAUUGCCUCACUAUGGUAUUUGGAAGGCAGUGCGAGUUUGUAAUGUCUGUUUUCUGUACUAUGUGACCUUCACUACUGACUCCACUACUACCACCACCUCCUCCUCCUGACCCCCCCAUCGAGGAAGCAACCACCAUCUGCCCUGGUACCUUCGUUGAGGGAGGAGUUGGUGGUAGUGAUUGGUUUGUUGAUAAGCGAAACACAUCAUCUUUCUUUCUUUUGUUUUCAUGAGGGAAAGAAACCUAU